AUGGCUGGAAGUGGGAGGAUGCUUGGUGGAGGCGGAGCGCGGUUCCUGCAGCUGGCAGUGAGAAAAGAAGCCGAGAUGCCCUCUGCUGAUCGUGCCUCCAUGUUGCUGUUCCUCCUCAGGCGUGGUGAACAGGACGGGCAGGGGGUUGCAAGCCACAUCGGUGCAGAACAAGAGUCGUCGCGGCGGUAUCAAGCCAACAUGCCCUCAGAUACAAGCUGGCAGAAGCCGGAGUGGCAGAAGCCGGAUUGGCAAGACGAUCGAUGGGAGGGCGAUGUUGACGCUGGGAGCGGCGGAAGCGAUGCGGGUGCCGUGACGAGCGGCAAGGGCAGAUCCACAAGCCGAGCAAAGUCCAAGGGCAAGGCAGAUGCUCCGCGAGUCAAGGCCGACAGCGAGGAGCCUCGGCAGGAGCCUAAGCAGGAGCCUCGGCAGGAACCUCGAGGAGACGCGGUGACGCUUCGCCAAGUGGAAUCCAAAGCCAGACGCUCACGAGGCCGCGCAGGCAGUCAUCGGCACAAGCGAGAAGACUCGCACACAAGGAAGAUGGAGCCUCGCCAAGGCCGCUCUCGAAGCCGUGCAAGGGAAAGGCCAGAAAGGGAUCGGCACGGCCGGCGGGGGAGGUCUCCCUCACAAAGGGGUUCCGGCGCCAAGGCUCUACGGUCUCUCAGAUCCCGGAGCCGACGGAGUCGGAAGCAUCGAAGCCGAGCUCGAAGACACUGA